AUGAUCAUAAUUCCAUAUUUAUGGCUGUUGCUAAUGGUAACCACCAUCAUGAUUGUAAAGGGAAUAAUGUUGUUGGAUAAAAAACCGAUCGAAAAAGAUCAAUCAUCAUUAUCAAUAAAUGAAUUAUGUCAACAAAAUUCCAUAGAUAAUAUGUUUGAAUUAGAUUCGAUACAAUAUUAUCAUCAUAUUGAUCGAUUUUGGCAUUCAAAUAAUAAUGUUGAUGAUGAUGAUGAAAUAAUAAAAAAUAAUAUAGCCAUUCCAGAUUCUCGUAUUGGACAAUUAUUCUAUGGUAGUUUUCGUCGCCACCAUUUUUAUUCCGGAUCCGAUUUCAAUACAAAAGGUUUCACUGGAUUCAUGUUUAUUGAUGAUAUUGGUAAAAUUUUUCGUAAAAAUGAAUUUGUUUUGAUUAGCCGUACAUUACUUGAUGAUGAAUUUGUAUUCAUCACUGGCAUAAAAGACCAUAAAACUGGACAUUUGGCUGUUGAUUAUAAAUCCAUUAUUGAUGAUGAAAAUGAUCUACCAAUGGAAAAACAAAAUUUAGCAAAAUUUAUGCAAUUUUUAAUACCAAAUAGAAAAUUUACCACAGAUUUAACAAUACAUUUGGAUUGGAAUUAUAGAAAAUUAUUUGUCAUCAUACGAUUAGAUGAAAAUUAUGCUGCUGCAUGGAAAUCACCAUUAAGUAUAUCGAUGUAUGAUAUGAAUAAAGAUUCAUUAAAAGAUAUUAUUGAAAGUAAACAAAAAGUGGAUGGAUUACAAUUUGCUAUCAAUGUAAUCGGUACAAUUAGACAAUUUGAACAGAAAAAAAAUUCAACAAAAUUAAUUCUACUUACACAACAACAUAAACGAACAUUUGUUGCAAAUACAUUUGAUGGAAAAAAUAACAUGGUACAAUUGAUGGAAUAUGAAACAAUGGAUAAUGUAAUGACAUCAUUGUUCAAUUGUGGCCAUAAAAAUGCUGAUGAUGAUGAUGAUGAUAAUAUGAAAGUGGUGAAAAAGAUGAAAAAAUCAUCAUCAUCAUCGAACACGAUGAAUGAAUUGAAUAAUUAUGCCAAAUAUAUCAAUUAUUUUCUUUCGGCAGUGAUUACAACAUUGAUGCUUACAGCUUGUAUGAUACCAUAUUUUAUUCGACGACGACAGCAACGAUAUCCAGCAAUAAAAAAUUUAAAAUGA